AUGAAAUAAUAAUUAAAUUAUACCCUUUGGAUUACCUUUCUGGUUUCAACUAUAUUAAUAUACCUAUUUUUUAGUUCAGGUGAAUUUAGUUUUAUAUUAACACUUGCUUGUGGAAUAUAAUGCUUUGGAUUUGGAUUAGUAUUUGUGACAAUUUCAAUAACAAAAGAGACAAGUGGAUUAAGUAAAUAAACGUUUAUUUGUUGUGCAUAAGCAUUAUUAGCAAGAUUAUUUUCAAUUUUAACCUUUGAAGUAAAAUGAUUAUGCAUAAAUAGGGUUAUUUACCUUCAGAUGCAACAGGAGAUUAUGUUUAUCGAUUAUUUGAAAUAUUAUCACUUAUAUUUUGCAUUUUAACAGCAUUUAGCAUAAAAAACAAUAAGUAAGAGUUAUUUUAAUGGUAUUACUUUACCCCUGUAAUGUUAAUAAUUGCAUAUUAUAUACAUCCAGGAUUGAAUUCACAUUCAUUUUGUGAUAUCUCUUGGGUGUUUGCUUUAUAUAUGGAAUCAUUUGCAAUAUUACCAUAGAUACACCUUUUUACAAAGAGAGGUUAGAAUUCAACAAUAAUAUAGAGGGAAUAAUUGAAUAUCAUACAUCUAAUUUUGUAAUUACUUAGGCUCUCAAUAAAUUAAUAUGUGUGAUAUUUUGGUUUUAUUCAUAUGAAGAGCUUAAUAGAAGUGCAGAUGAAUCGACUAUAAGUGUAGCUCCAUGGUUAAGCGGCUAUUUUGUAAUGGUGGCAUAAAUGAUUUCAAUUGUACUUAUAUUAUUAUAACCCUAGAUUAUUACAGCAGAUUUUGUAUAUAAAUAUUUACAAAGUUGGAAAUAAGGUAUUCCUUUGGUUAUGUUACCUUCAUGAUUAUUAUUAGGAUGA